AUGGAAAAUCCUCGGAUUCUUGGCCAAAAUCUCUAUACGGCAAUGCAGUUCUAAUAUUUGUGUUUCAGUGGCGGCAAUAAACGGCGUUUGAGCUUAGGAAUCGCUCUUUUAACGCUUCCCGAAGUUCUGUUGCUGGAUGAGCCAACGACGGGCGUCGAUCCGAAAGCAAGUCGAAUUAUCUGGAAUAUUCUUUCGAAGGUUCGUGAAGCUGGUACAGCUUUGGUGCUUACAUCACAUAGCAUGGAGGAAUGCGAAGCACUUUGUACACAAAUUGCAAUUAUGGAUGAGCACAUAUUACAUUUGAAUUACGAGCUAGCUUUUGAGAAAGGGCAGACAUGGUCGAUGCUGUUCGAAAAAGUCGAGAAACUUGUGAAUUUGGUUGAUGCAGCGGAUUACUCAAUUAGCCAAACUACUCUAGACCAGGUUGGAUUUCCAGUUUAG